AUGAAGAGAACAGGCUCCAAUAGCAUCGUUCAGCGGUUAAUUACCCACAACAACAGCAGCCACACAUCGAGCCUCACCAAAACAACAAGACAAUAUUUUUUCACCAGAAAUUGUGUUUUCAAUUAUGCUUUGUCGAACAAACCAAAUUUAAUUGUUCCGAACAAAUUGUUGUUUUAUCCAACAACAACCACAUUUGGCCAAAUACGGUCUUACACCACCACAAAUUGGUGGAGGGAGAAAGAAGCAUCAACAAAUGAUAGUGAUGGUACAAAUACUUCAGCACCUUCAUCCUCCGAACCAAUCACUCUCAAUUUGAUGGAUUACAAGAAAUGGAACGCGCAACAGGUAGCAUCAGUAUUGACAUCUGAUGAAUCUUUGGGUGGUGCUGGUUUGUCGUUUGAAAAGGUGAAGCCUUUGUAUGAGGCUGGUUUUGAUGGCUCAUCUCUCCACAACAUUGUUGAGAAUAUCAUGAAGAAGGAUGAAUAUUUUGCUCUUGAUCGACUGGAUCGUGUUUACAACAGGAAUAACAUUCCUCAACUCUCCGACACUUGUCAAACUAUUGUUUCUUGGGUAGCUUCGCAGUGA